CGCGAGCCCAGCCAGUGGCCACCGGGAACUGAACUGGUUCGUGUUGCUGUUCAUUUUUCCGGUCCGAUGACGUUGGCGCCUAUGUACGUACUGUGCUGUGCUUUCCCGCUUUGCUGCUGUGCUCUGCUCUGCUCUGCUUGCUUGCAGUGCGUCUGAGAUGCCGAAAGAUCUUCUCUGCUCCAUUCACCGUCAAAACCUUCGUCCUUCUUCGUCCAUACUACCAACCCCCCGUGUUUCCAGUGAUGCGGCUAUCGUUUAUCCUCCGGAGGGAUGGCCAGCUUCGCCGUCGUGCCCUCUCCGACGUUAUCAAUAACCUCCUCAGUGGGAUCAAUCUGGACGACAUCGCCCAGGGAAUUCUGCCCGAUUUUUUCAGCUGGAUUCCAAACACCGACCGGAUCCAAAGCGAAUUGAGAAUCAGUGACGAUGCCGUCAACAGCUUGCCGGUGAAGGUUCUCAACAUGCCGGCGUAUGCGAACUGGUCAGACAAUGCCUGGAACGUCCGCUUCCACGCGUGGGCGUACAAAGAACCGUUCGCGUUCGACAACGACAGCAGCAUCGUGACGACCAGCACCCUCGAUCGAGCGGCCAAUGUGUUCCUGCCCGACUUCGACGUUUCGGAGCUGCAGCCGAACGAGCAAACGAACGCUCGCAACCUGACCUCGGCCAUCCUGUCGCUGCCGGUCGAUGGCCAGCAGCUCGAGUUCCAUCUCAAAGUCCGUCCCGGCCAGAACAGCACGUCCGCGCUAUCGCCGUGGACGGGGAGGGUCGUUUGGCCAGUGGAAACGGAUGCCAGAGGCGAGAUCGACGGCUUCGUGUCGGUCCCCAUCGAGCCCACCGGUGGUACCGGCACAUGGCUUCCCGACGGCUCGCAGGUGAGUGACAUCGUGCAGCUAGAUAUGCACACCCAAGGGACGGACACGGGCAACUCGACGGUGUAUCUCGUUCCCCCGGAAGGAGUGAUUGUGCUCUCGGACAUCGACGACAUCCUGCGAGUGACCAAGAUCUACCAGCCGACGGAGGGACUCCUCAACUCGUUCGCGCGCGACUUCGUUCCGUGGAUGAACAUGCCGCAGCGCUUUGCCGAGUGGAAGGCGCAGUACCCCGACCAGCCGUACCACUUCCACUACCUGACCACGACGCCGCAGCAGGCGACGCGCAAGUACGCCGAGUUCAUCUAUAACACGUACCCUCUGGGCUCAUUCGACACGCGGCCGCUGAACUUCACGACGGUGGAGCAGACGUUCGCGGUGCGCAAAUUCCUGCUCGAGCGGAUCCUGCGGACGUUCCCGCGGCGCCGCUUCGUGCUCAUCGGCGACACGACGAACUCCGACGUGAUGAGCGGCUACCCGGAGGUGGCAAAGGCGUACGCCAACGUCCAGUGCAUCCUGCUGCGCAACGUCUCCGCCACCGACAGUGCGAACAGGUUCCCGUACGAUACUAGCGGCUUCAACGGCCUCGACCGCGCAAAGUACAUGUUCUUCCGAACCCCUGAUGACCUCGCCGGCCUCGACUUUGGCAGCGGCGAUUGCGUAAACACUACCGUGCCGCAAAGUGUCACCUUUGGCUGGCAGAACUUGCCGCUCGGAGUGCGUGAUCAGACUACCAGCGACGGUGGCGGCAGCUCGAAGGCCGCCGUUGAGAAGGUCUGGUGGGUCGUGAUGGUUGCGGCUGUGGCGCUGUGGUCGACGCUGUAAAUGGUGGACACUGGAUAAGACUUUAUGACGAAUGAUGAGGAACGAUACGAGGCAUUGCGUGGGAGCGUUUAGCGGGAAUGUUUUGGGCUUGUGCAUGUGUUUUAUUUUUGGUUUAUUUUUGUACCAUGAUGGGCGAUGUCGAUGGAUGGAUGUUGAUGUUGAUGCUGAUGCUGAUGUAUAUACCCCUUCCUGUCUCUACUGCACUACGCUUGCGAGGCUAUGGGCGACAAUCGAAUGAUGAAUUACUGACUGUUGAUGCCG